AUGUCUUACCCACUUCAACAAAACAGGUUCCAAGGUCCUCUAAGGAAAUUCGAUCCUUUGCCUACUUCCAGAAGUGAAAUACUGAAAUAUCUGGUAAAUGAGCGAUUGGUAGAACUUAGACCUAUGCCACCUCCGAUUCCUAGAAAAGCUACACCCAACUUCAGACCCAAUGAAAGGUGUGAAUUUCACGCCAAUUCUCCUGGACACACGUUAGAAAAAUGCUGGGCUUUCAGGCACAAGGUUCAAGACCUGAUCGAGUCUGGGGCAAUUGCUUUCGACAAACCUAAUGUGAAGACAAAUCCCAUGCCUCGUCACGAUGGCACAGUCAAUGCAAUCGAGGUCGUCACUGAGCAAGAGUUAGUUCAACAACGGAGUUCCCCUAUAGAUUCCCUUAAGAGGUAUCUACUCGCAAGGGGGUUCAUCCUAGAACAUAACGAGGCUUUUAAGGACACCCUGCAGAGACUCGUGGACCAAGGGAUAAUUCAGUUGAAAGAACACCCCGAGGAGGAGUAUAUGGCCAUGUUGGAAAGGAACGAGCCAUUAAUAAUACCUAGUCCAGGAGCAAGGAAGACAUUAAUCAUCCCCUGCGCCAAAGCACCAUUGAUGAUACCCACGCAAGUACACACUAGGAUCAUCCCAGUCAGAGAUCCAUAUCCGGUGGACAAAAUGAAAGCGGUCCCUUGGGAAUAUGAUUCAAGUAGUAAUACGGAAGUGACAAACAUCGUUGGGCCUGGAGGUAUGACUCGUAGUGGUCGCAUAUUCAAUGCUGCGAAACCAAAUGAGAACUUAGCACAACCAAGUAAUCAAGCUACUGUGGUCCUGACUGAAGAAGGCACAGCCAAGGAUAAAGAGGUCGUUAACAAAGACGCUGAAGAAUUCUUGGCAUUAAUCAAGAAAAGUUAUUAUAGAGUGGUGGACCAGUUACACAAAACUCCGUCCAAAAUAUCACUCCUCUCGCUGCUAGUACAUUCAGAAAAACACCGAGAUGCUUUGAUGAAAAUCCUGAAUGCUGCCCACGUAACUAAAGACAUCACUGUAAAUCAAUUUGAUGGAAUGGUGGCUAAUCUCACCGCUGGGGCAUGUUUAAGCUUCAAUGAUCAUGAGCUACCCCCACAAGGGAAAGAGCACAACAAAGCCUUACAUAUCUUCAUACAAUGUGGAAAAGCUCAUCUAUCCAGAGUUCUGAUUGACACAGGGUCGUCACUAAACGUGAUGCCAAAAGCCACUCCCGACAAGAUAGCCUUGGAGGGCCUGGUAGUUAGAUCAAGUCGUCUGGUAGUCAAAGCCUUCGAUGGAUCACAAAGUCCGGUAUUUAGAGAAGUAGACCUCCCUGUAGUAGUUGGUCCCCAUACAUUCUGCAUAAAUUUCCAAGUAAUGGAAAUUGAACCUGCUUAUACCUGUUUAUUGUGA